GAUUUUCGUGGCCCAUAACUUUGAUUUUAAUCUUAUUUGGUUGAAUGAAAAUUUUACCCUACACCCUAGUGUAGGGUGUGUUCCCUACACCCCCCCUAUGCUACGUCGUUUUGUAGCUGGUAUUGAGUUCCCUUUUGCGAUUCUUUCCUUUUUUUUUUUUUUUCCUUUUUUUCUUUUUUUCUUUUCUUCCUCUUUUUUCCUUUUUCCUUUGAUUCUUAUUAUUCAAUUUAUGUAUAUAUAUGAUUUUAAACCCUAUUUUUUCUCUCUCUUCAAUUGAUCAACCAACCUCCAUUUUUGAUCUACAUUUUUCUCUCGCUAAUUCAUCUUCUUCAUUUGAUUUUUUGAACGAAUUCGUUAAUUGUUACCGAUCAUCAAUGGCGAAUUCUGCAUCUGGAGAUUGCGUUGAUUUUGAUCGCGAUUGCGAGCGUGUGUUUCCUUCUGGACUUCGUUUCGUUGAUUCGUUUGUGCAACAAUUGGAAAAAAAUGAUGAUAUUAUGUAUUUAGAAGCAGAACAGUCUGAAUUAAAGGAUAAAGAAUUUAAAUCUGAAGAUGAAGCUUUCGAAGCGUAUAAUGAAUAUGCUUUUAGGAAAGGUUUUGGAAUUCGAAUUGGGAAGAGUAAGAGAAGAAGAGAUGAUUCUUUUUUGAUGAAAAGAUUUGUUUGUUGUAAUGAGGGAUUCAAAGAUAAUAAGUGUAAGAAUAAAAGGAUUUAUGAGAAGUUGGAUCAUCGAACUGGUUGUUUAGCUUUUGUGCAGUUUCAUAUUGAUCAUUUAGGGGUCUAUACAUGUACAAGACAUGAAAUGGUUCAUAAUCAUGCUAUGAUUCCUCCUGAAAAAAGGCAUUUGAUAAGGUCUCAAAGAGAUGUGAAUAAAGAGCAGCUUCUUUUCAUUUCAACAAUGAAAUUGAGUGGAGUCAAAGUUACUGAUUCUUUGAGGGUUCUAAAGAAGGAGGUUGGGGGAUCUCCUAAUCUUUGUUUUACUGCUUCUGAUGCUUAUAAUAAUGCAUUGUCAUCUGAAAAAGCUGCCCAAAUUGAAGGAUGUGAUGGUAACCAAUUGAUUAAAUAUUUUGCCAAGAGACAUGUGGAUGAGACAGAUUUUUAUUAUGAUUUUUGA